AUGAUUACCUCUCAAAUUCCAACUUUACAUUAUUUUAACGGACGUGGAAGAGCUGAAACUAGUAGAGUAUUAUUUGUAGUGGCAGGAGUUGAAUUCAACGAUGUAAAAAAUCCAUUUGAUAAUGCUGAAAUCAAACAAAGAGCAACCUACAAACAACUUCCUUACUUGAUCGAUGGUGAUUUCGAAAUUUCUCAAUCGAUUGCGAUUGAAAAUUAUAUUGCCAACAAAUAUAAUUUGGCUGGUGAUUCAUUGGUGGACAGAACCAGAAUUCUCUCUAUUGCUCAGGCAUCCUAUGACAUUUCCAUUCCAAUCUUCACCAAUGAUACAGAUGAAAAGAAAGCGUUAUACAAGAAUGAAACACUUCCUCGUUUCCUUAGUGCUUGGGAGAAGAUUUUAACAGAAAAUGGUGGAAAACAUUUUGUUGGUUCAAAAUUGAGUGCUGCCGAUGUCAGUGCCUAUACAACUCUUGAGAAUCUAUAUUCCAAAAACUAUAAAGAAGUUGUUGACAAAUAUCCAACAUUGACCAAUUUUAAAUCAACUUUUGAAGCCAUUCCAUCAAUUUCCGAUUAUUUGUCAAAGAGACCAAAAGAUUUAUUUUUCUAG